GCGGCGAGUGCAACCGGGAAAGGCUUCCGGCGAGGUCGCGCGGGCGCUGCGCCGAAAGUUCCGGGGAGGCGUCGGAAUCGCCCGAAGUGUUUUUUUCCCUUUUUUUCCACCAUGAACGAAGCGGAGCUAGUCGAUGCCUUUAACACCCAGAUGAGGCAGGAUCCAGAUGUUGCCUCUGCGGUGGCUGCCAUCCGGGUCUUACUGGAAUUCCUGAAGAGGGACAAAGGCGAGACCAUCCAAGGACUGAGAGCCAAUCUAAAACAGGCUAUAGAAACACUCUCUCGUGUCGACUCCUCCGUGGCCAUUUCUUCUGGGGGAGAGCUGUUCUUAAGAUUCAUCAGUCUCACAUCUUUGGAAAACCCGGACUAUUCCAAAUGCAAAGAAAUCAUGAUUGAAAGAGGAGAGGUUUUUCUUCAGCGAAUUUCUCUUUCGAGGAAGAAAAUCGCCAAACUUUGUCACAACUUUGUGAAAGAUGGCGGCAAAAUAUUGACUCAUGCUUACUCAAAAGUGGUGCUUCGAGUGUUAGAAGAAGCUGCACAGGCCAAGAAACGUUUUAGCGUCUACGUCACGGAAUCGCAGCCAGAUCGAGCAGGGCAAAAGAUGGCAGAAGCACUCAAGAAUCUCGGAAUUCCUGUCACCAUAAUUCUAGAUGCUGCAGUGGGUAAAUACAUCAUGGAAAGGGUCGAUUUGGUGAUCGUGGGGGCUGAAGGCGUGGUCGAAAACGGCGGGAUCAUCAACAAGAUUGGGACCAACCAAAUGGCCGUCUGCGCCAAAGCGCAAAACAAACCCUUUUACGUGGUUGCCGAGAGUUUUAAGUUUGUAAGGCUCUUCCCUCUGAACCAGCAGGAUGUGCCGGAUAAAUUUAAGUACAAAGCAGAUACGCUGAAGACACAAAAGCCUCUCGCAGUCGAACACCCUUGGAUCGAUUAUACAUCCCCGUCUCUUAUCACGCUGCUCUUUACGGAUCUCGGGGUCUUGACCCCUUCGGCUGUGAGCGACGAACUGAUUAAACUCUAUUUGUAAAAGGGCUUCCCCGAACGUGGGGAUUGCAAGCAGUUAAAGGUUAAAAUAAGCAACGGAACUUCCUGAUCACUUGCCAAUUUAUUUUACUGACUUUUUU